AUGUCUGCCUUUGCUCCACCAAGAUCGAAAAAAGCUAGAAGUUCAGGAAGUCAUGGUAGUGGGAACGAGUUUUUUAAAGGGAUUGAAAAGAUUGAGUAUAAACCAGGUGCUGGUGCCGAUGAAGUAAUGGUGUUUAAACAUUACAAUGCCUCAGAGGUAAUUAAUGGUAGGACAAUGCAAGACUGGUUGCGGUUUUCCGUCUGUUUCUGGCAUACCUUUCGAGGGGUUGGUUCAGAUCCUUUUGGAUUCCCAACAAUCCAGAGACCAUGGGAAGAUGGUACAGACAGUAUGGAGAAUGCAAAACAGCGACUGAGGGCAGCAUUUGAGUUCUUCACUAAACUGGGAAUUAAGUACUGGACAUUCCAUGACAGAGAUAUUGCACCAGAAGGACAGACACUAGAGGAAACAAAUAGCAACCUUGAUGAGAUAACGGACCUUGCCAAAGAACUCAUGGAGCAGACUGGAGUGAAGCUGUUGUGGAAUACUUGCAAUUUAUUUGCACAUCCACGGUAUAUGAAUGGUGCUAUGACAAAUCCUGAUGCACAUGUUGUCGCCUAUGCCGCUGCACAGAUCAAAAAGGGCCUAGAGAUUGGCAAAAAACUGAAUGCAGAAAACUUUGUGUUUUGGGGUGGACGAGAAGGGUAUUUCACUAUAUUGAACACAGAUAUUCGAUCUGAACUUGACCAUAUGGCCAGUGUACUUAGGAUGGUUGUAGAAUACAAGAAAAAGAUAGGUUUUACUGGCCAGCUUUUGAUUGAACCUAAACCAAAAGAACCAUCCAGGCACCAAUAUGAUUAUGAUGCUAUGACCGUGAUAGCAUUCCUGCAUAGCUAUGGUUUACAAGAACAUUUCAAGAUCAACGUUGAACCAAACCAUACAACUCUAGCUGGCCAUCCAUAUGAACAUGAUGUAGUAAUGGCCUCUGUAUGUGGUAUGCUAGGUUCGAUAGAUUCCAACACUGGAUCACCAGAUCUUGGCUGGGAUACGGACCAAUUCCCCAUGGAUGUCAAAAAUACCACAAUGGUGAUGAAGACAGUUCUAGAGCAAGGCGGUCUUGCUCCUGGUGGAUUGAACUUUGAUGCGAAAGUUCGCCGCGAAUCUACACAUUUGAACGACAUGUUUAUAUCUCACAUUGGCGCAAUGGAUUCUUUUGCCCGUGGAUUGAGGAAUGCUGUGAAGAUUGCUGAAGAAGGAAUAUUAAUGAAGAUGGUUCAGGAACGUUAUGCUUCUUUUGAGUCUGGUGUGGGUGCCAAGAUUGCAAAGGGGUCAUCCACACUAGAAGAAUGUGAGGACUUCAUCAAGAAGUAUGGAGACCCAGAGCCACAUUCUGGUCAUCAGGAGAUGUACGAGUCUGUACUUAAUCACUAUGUUUAAAUUGAUAUACAGUAUACUCUGAAUCAUUCAAUGUGUUGAAUCCCGCUGUUAAUACCUGUUGAUUAUGCUGGGGAAAAAAAGUAUGAAGUACAGUAGUCAGAUUGAAAAAGGAUUUUUAAAGAAAGGUUGGGGGUGUCUUUUUUUCAAAAUGACAGCUGUAAAUUUUAGCUUGAAAAAUUCAAACAUGGAAUCCUGUUGAAAACAAGAAAUCAUUUUUUUAUAUUACAGUAGAGUAUUCUUAUCCAAUGACAACGAUAAGAAAAACAUCAACCUAUAUCAUAAAAUGUAGUAAUCAGCAUUAAAUCACCUGAAUUACUGAUUUCUGUUUCUUUAAAUUUUGUGUGCAGUAUUAGUCUUAUGCAGGCUACUGUAGUAUUUGAAAAAGAAGCCCAUCUACCUUGAAAAGAAGCUUUUGGGUUUCAUUUCGAGAUGAGCUUCUCUUUGAGGUUACUUUUGCAAACUAAAGAGGGGGGCUUCAUUUCUAGAUGGGCUUCUUCUUGAGAUUAAGCCCAUAGGGCUUUUAAUAAAGGUUUUACAAUACAGGGGUAACAUGCUGUAUUUAACUGAUUUCUAAUAUCUAGAGACCACUUUUCAAGUGUUCUUUCCAGUUUUAUUCAGUUGAUGAUUUCUAUGCAGGUACAUAGGUAAUUAAUCUGAGCAGUAAUAUAUAAAUAAAAAAAACAUUAACAUUCACUCUACUAAAGUUGAUUGACCAGUUGAGUAACAAAAACUAAUGGCUGAUUUUCAAAUAUUUAUGGUGAAUGAUAUAUAAAAUAAAUUUUAGAUAUACUGUAUAUUGUAAUAAAAUUUAGUGAAAUACAGUAGAAUGAAAAUAUAAAAAUGCUCUAUUUUGAUAUUGUUUCUUGGAUUAAAUAAAAGGAAAAAAUUGUUUAUUGUGUUGUUAGUUUUUCAUUUUUCAUAUUGUUUUCGACAAUUGAUCAGACUAGCACUAUUAGUGGACUGACAUGUGCUAACUCACAUUAGUCUGGUGCAGUGUGCACCACACUCAUGUCUUCUAUUGGCAUAUAUUAUGCUACAGAAAUUGAAACAAUUGGAAAGUGUAUUUUGUUUUCAAAUCUAGUACUUUAAUACUGUAUAUUAUUAUCAAUGUUCAGAACAGAAUAUUACAACAAAAUUCCAUCACUAUUUUAAAAUGUUUUAUACAUUUCUUUGAAGGAUGCAAGUUUAGAAAUAAUGAUUAUUGUUGUAUUACCAAUAAUUAUGCAAAUACAGGUCUCCCUUCCAAUUAAAAAUCACUUUUGGGACAAUAAAAAUUAGACAUUUGUUAAUUUGAGAUCACAGAAAAGUUGUCUUUGGUGGAGGAGGUUUUUAAUUCGAGGGGGACCUGUAUCUUAAUGAAUUACACAGCUGUCUUCUCUUACAGUAUAUGGUAUAUUUUUGUAGUACAUGGCACCAGGUAGGCUUGUAAUUCUUUUUAUUAAAAUUAAUCUGUCGACACGUUAAAUGAAAAACAAGAAAAAAUGAAAAAUGUUGCAGAGUACCAUACACUCGCAAGAUAUUUUAGCAUGAAUCUAUGCAUGGUAACAGGCACAGCUCACUUUUUACUGUCGGCGUGUAUGGAAUUUAAGAAGGUGAUGAUGUAAUAUUUCAAAAAGUCUGACAUUUAGUAUACACCCUGUAUAACAUUUUAUGCAAGGUAACUGUACAUUUAUACUCUGUUUCAUAGAGACUAGCAGAACGACAGAUCAUAGGAUUUUGUGCAAUAGUGAUCAGUCUAAUUGUGCAUUCUUAACUCUUUGUUUUACAAUGUCAAUAUAAUAAUACCGUUUUUGUACUUUCUGUACUGGCCCAUGAUGCUGCAAGUAAUAUAAAAGGUGGUAUUAAAAUUUAAAAGAAUAACAUAAAGUCGUUAUUACAAACAGUUUUGGCUUAUCUGGCCCUUCUCAGUUACGUAAUGGAACUGUUUUCAUGGUAAUAAUGACUUUGUUAUCUUAUUAAAUUUUGAUGCCUCUUUUUAUAUCACUUGCAGCGUCAUGAGGCAGUACGGACAAAACAUAAGCAAUGUAUCGAGCAAGGCACUACAUACUAUACAAGAAAUAUAAUAAUAGAAAAUAAUAAAUAGGAUUUCUACAAUGCAGUGUCAAAUAUAUAUGAAAUAUAUUUUAAUAUCUGAUAAAUUCAGAAAAACUUGCAUGCCUUAGCAGCUGUAACAACCCUGUCCAUUCAAAAUAUAAAUAGCUAGUAGGAAUAAAAAAAAAAAAA